AUGGAUAACCAGGCACAGAUCACUGAAACAAUUAGUCGAUUAGAUUCAGAAAAGGUAAGUUGAUAAUAACUCAGUGUGUAAUUUUGGCUAGAGCGUCAGGUAAACUGAUUUUCAUUCACGAAAACAAAGUUUUUGACUGUUAUUUUUCACUUAACCUGGCUAAAACUAAGACAUAAAAAGUUAUCGUUGCAAGCUUGUGUAUUGUAGUUCUAAUUUUCAGUUCUUCAGUAUCUCAGUCUUCAUGCCUUAAAGCAGAUUCGAGCUUUAUUUAUUUAUUUUUUAUUUUCGUGUUUUGAAACGAAACUCUUCUGAGUUGAUUGCCAUGAAACAUAAGCUUAAUUAUACUGCUGAAGUUGGCUGCAAGUUGACAACUCUAUUUAUUUUUUUCAUUCUCAGAAUCAGAGAGCGAAAGCUGGUUCGAUGGCUUUUAGAAGUCGAAAUUUCAUGCCAUGUAUUUAGUAGCUGAAAGUUUGGUGUUUGCGUGAGAUGCAGCCGAGCCGCACAGUCUGAAAUUAUUGAAGUCUUCACCGACCAAAGAACAACCAAAGAACAACCAUGUAAAAGAAUUAAAUAGGCAUUUUCUUGAAUGAAAGUCUUUAUAGGCACAGUCCCGGCACUGAAAGCUCCGGGUGUUCGUGACUGCAGUCAUCAAAGUCGUGGUUGUUAUUAAAUCCCGCACAUCUUUUGUUUUGAGUUCUUGUUUUCUCUAAUAAUAAAAAAGUUGUUGAACAGACUAAAAUGUUAUUUCCUGAUUCUAGUGUUAAUGAUAAUGAUGACGUCUUUAUUUUGGUUUCUUUCAUAAGUAUUGCCAUUCUUUUCUUAGUUAUCGCCUUCUCCCAAAUUAACUUAUGCCAAACCAGUAGCAUGCAAGAAAGCCAGUGAAAACAAAUUCGUCUUGUCGAGCGCUCGCGACCUGCAAACUUCAAACAUCAUUUUCACCGUUGGUGCAAACAGAUAA